CUGAGGAGGGAUAGGAUAGUCGUAAUUUUAGAAGGAGUUAUAAAAGUCUACACGUUCACGCAGAAUCCGCAACAACUACACGUAUUUGAAACCAACCCGAAUCCCAGGGGCCUGUGCGUGUUAUGUCCAAGUAGUAGUAAUUCCUUGCUUGCCUUUCCUGGUAGGAAGAAUGGACACGUUCAAGUGAUAGAUUUAGCUAAUACAGAGAAGCAGCCACUGAAUAUCGAAGCACAUGAAACACCCUUGUCGUGUAUAGCUUUAAAUUUACAAGGCACCAGAUUAGCUACUGCUUCAGAAAAAGGAACACUGAUAAGAGUAUUCGAAACACAGACUGGUAAUAUGAUUAAUGAAUUGAGGAGAGGAGCUAAUCAUGCAAACAUUUACUGCAUUAAUUUUAAUCACGAUUCAACUUGGCUAUGCGUAGCCAGCGAUCAUGGUACUGUGCACGUUUUCGCCGUGGAAGAUCAAAAAUUAAAUCGCCAAUCUAGUUUAGCGUCCGCCACUUUCCUGCCAAAAUACUUUAGUUCGAACUGGAGCUUC